AUGGCUGACGACACUGCCGGGGCGGACGAGACCCCCAUCACCUUCAACGUCAAGUCCUCCAAUGACGCCAAAUUUACCCUCACUCUGCCUGCGUCCACGCCUGUAUCCGAGCUUAAGGAGAAGCUUGCGACGUCGGAAUAUGCUGACACUCCGGCCAGUCGCCAACGACUGAUCUACUCCGGUCGGGUGCUGAAGGAUAACGAGACGCUGGCCACAUAUAAAAUCAAAGAUGGACACACCAUCCACCUGGUGAAGAGUGCAGCGAGCAAUCAGCAGCCUGGUGGCUCGUCUCAGAGUGCUUCAACCUCUGCGCCCGCUGGUGCCGCCGCCACUCCUUCCGCCGCUGCUGGGGUCCCCACCAAUCUUGCUGCUGGUACAGGCAACAACCCGCUCGCGGGCCUGACGGGUGCGCGGUAUGCCGGAUUUGCACAGCUCCCCGGCGCAGGGCUGUUCGGUCCUGAUGGUGGAAUGGGCCCUCCUCCUAAUGAAGAACAAAUGCUCAGCAUGCUCGAGAAUCCUCAAUUUCAAUCGACGAUGAAUGAGGCUCUCCAAAACCCCGCGAUGAUCGACAUGAUUCUUCAACAAAGCCCAUGGCUGCGGGAAAUGGGACCUCAGGCGCGCCAGAUGUUGCAGAGUCCAGAGUUUCGGCGAAUGAUGACAGACCCGAACGCCAUCCGCCAAACGAUGCAAAUGCAGCGAGCGCUCGGCGGCUUUGGUCUUGGUGGUGAUCGUGGUAGUGCAUUCCCCGCCCCCGGAGUGACCAAUACGACCCCGCAGGAGAACCAAGGCGGCCAGACUGGCAAUUCUACAAACAACAAUGGCGCCUCUCCUGCUCCCGGUGCUGCCAUGCCCAACCCUUUUAUGCCUAUGGGCUUAGGCGCUGGCAAUCCAUUUGCUGCCCUUUUCGGUGGCAACCCCGCGAUGGGCGCCAACCCUUCUGGCACGCCAAACACAGCUACAGGCACUGGCAAUACUUCGGGAGAAGCGAAUCAGGGCACUGGUGGCUCCACGACUACUGCAGAAGGACAAGGACAGCCCAAUGCGGCGAAUGCGGCGAAUCCCUUCGCGUCUCUGUUUGGACCUGCUAUGCUUCAGGGCGGAGGGAAUCCGUUCGACCUCCAGAAUAACCCUCUCUUUCAGAAUCCUGAACUCAUGCGGCAGGCCCUGCAGAGACUCUAUGGCACUGAAGGGGCAGCUGGCGGCGCCAAUCCCUUUGCGUCACUCCUUGGAGGAAGCGGUUUUGGCAGUCCCCCUCCCCAAGACAACCGACCGCCGGAGGAGAGGUAUGCAGACCAGCUACGCCAACUCAACGACAUGGGAUUCUUUGAAUUUGAGAGAAAUAUUGAAGCGCUUCGACGAUCGGGUGGCAGUGUGCAGGGUGCAGUGGAGUACUUGCUGAGCGGUCCGUAG